UGUGCUCUUGGCUCCACACGGGUUGGCCCUCGGGGAACCCUCGCCAUGUCUCGCCAGUCCUGUGGCCUGGGCAAAGGGUUCAGCUCCAGCUCCGCUUGCUUCGGAGGCAGGAGCAAGGUCACGUUCAGCUCCGCAUCCCGAGGAGGAUGCCGGGGGCCCGGCAACGCCGGUGGCUUCAGCAGCAGGAGCCUCUUCGCCUUAGGGGGCAAUAGGAGCGCCUCUGUCGGAGGGUUUGGGGGUGUCUGCAGAGGGUUCGGGGCUGGUGGCCAAGGAGGCUUUGGUUAUGGUUAUGGGGCUGGGCCAGUGUUUGGCGGUGGGGCUGGAGGAGGCUUCGGCGGUGGCUUGGGUGGCUUUGGUGGAGGCUUUGGUGGUGGCUUUGGUGGCGGGUUCGACAGUGGGAUGGGGGGCCAAGGCUUCCCCGCCUGCCCGCCGGGAGGCAUCAGGGAGGUGACCAUCAACCAGAGCCUGCUGGCCCCGCUCAACCUCGAGAUCGACCCCGAGAUCCAGAAGGUGCGGACGCAGGAGCGGGAGGAGAUCAAGCAGCUCAACAACAAAUUCGCUUCCUUCAUCGACAAGGUCCGGUUCCUCGAGCAGCAGAACCGGGUCCUGGACACCAAGUGGAAGCUCCUGCAGGAGCAGGGCAGCCCAGGAACAGGGAGCAAGAACCUCGACCCCUACUUUGAGACCUACAUCAAUGGGUUGAGGAGGCAGCUGGACACCCUGUCCAGCGAGAAGAGCCAGCUGGAGCUAGAGCUGAAGAGCUUCCAGGACAUGGUGGAAGACUACAAGACCAAGUACGAGGAGGAAAUAAACAAGAGGACAGCGGCCGAGAACGACUUUGUGGUCCUCAAAAAGGACGUGGACACAGUCUACAUGACCAAGGUGGAGCUCCAGGCGAAGCUGGAUUCUCUGGCAGACGAGAUCAACUUCUUGAAGUACCUCUACGACGUGGAGCUGUCUGAGAUGCAGAAGACCGUUUCCGACACCUCCGUGGUUCUCACCAUGGACAACAACCGAAACCUGGACCUGGACAGCAUCAUCGCGGAGGUCAAAGCGCAGUACGAGGAGAUCGCCAACAGGAGCCGAAUGGAGGCCGAGUCCUGGUACCAGAGCAAGUACGAAGAGCUUCAGGCCACCGCAGGCAAACACGGGGACAGCCUGAAGGACUCCAAGGCCGAGAUCUCCGAGCUCAACCGCGUCAUCCAGAGGAUCCGCUCCGAGAUCGAGAGCGUGAAGAAACAGUGUGAGUCCCUGCAGAGCUCCAUCGCUGAUGCUGAGCAGCGCGGCGAGGUGGCCCUCAAGGAUGCCAGGACCAAGAUGACCGACCUGGAGACAGCUCUGCAGAAGGCCAAGUCAGACCUGGCCCGGCAGCUCCGGGAUUACCAGGAGCUCAUGAACGUCAAACUGGCCCUGGAUGUGGAGAUUGCGACCUACAGGAAGCUGCUGGAGGGAGAAGAGUGCAGGAUGUCUGGGGAGUGCCAGAGCAACGUGAGCAUCUCCGUGGUGGGAGGCGGCAGCAGCUCCAUGGGAGGUGGAUUCGGCAGCAGCGGGAUGUGCCUUGGAGGAGGAGGAGGAAUGGGAUUCGGUGCUGGAAGCGGGAGAGGCGGCUGCAACGUCGGCUUCGGGGGAGGAUUCGGUGCUGGGGGGGGAUUCGGAUGCGGAGGGGGGGCAGGAUUCUGCUCUAUGGGAGGAGGAGCUAACUCGGUGGUGGUGGGGUCUGGGACCACCAUCCUGAAGAAGAGCACCAGCUCCACGUCCGUCAGCCGGAGGUUCUAGGAAAGCAGCUUCCCCCAAACCCCCGUCCCCAGCACCCAGAGGAGAAAGGAAGCAAAUUGC